AUGAGCAAUAGAGAUGAAUUUAAGGCACAAAAUAGUCAAUUUAAUUUGACUAAGGUGGUGGUGGUGCAUUGGGAUUGUACAGAGCAGAAAAUUAUGGCAAGGAUUUAUUGCAUUAAUAAUAUUUGCUGCAAAAAGAUUUUGUGUGACCCUUGUUCCCCUCUUAUGCUUUACCAAAUCUUGGGAGAAUUUGUGGGUGGUUGUGUUAACUGGUUAGCACUUAAAAAUAUGAAUGGUCCUGAAUAUCAAUGGGACAAUGUUACUCUCGAGCAGCUGGUAAUUGCUUCCCUUGACAUGAGUACGGAGGAGUAUACAUAUAUGUUACUUCCUGAGGGUGUAACCGAGGUGCCUCAUUUUGAGCCAGUUCUCGGGGUUCUAGGAAACCACAUGUGCCUUUUUCAUGACCAUAAUAGAACCCAUUUUGUUGUGUGGAAAAUGAGAGAGUAUGGAGUACGAGAAUCUUGGACUCGAUGGAUGAGUAUCAGUUAUGAGAAUCUUCGAUGUGAAGGAUUUUUGUAUAGGCCUGUGCCAAUGUUCUUGUCUGAAGAUGGUAACAUCCUUUUGCUCGCACUAAAUGAGGACUUGGAGUUUAUCAAGUAUAAUAUAAGAGAUGAUAAUAUAGAGUAUAUUUCAAAUCCUAACGAGGAAAUUUGGUUGGAGGCUAUUGGUUAUGUUCAGAGUCUGGUUUUUCCUUGUCAAGACUAA